CCUGGGCCGUUCGGUUCAUCUAUAUAUCCUGGGCGGAGGCGGAGGGAGCUUCUUCUCCGUAGGCCAAGAACCAGCUAGCCCCAAUCAAUCUCACCUCGGAGCUCGAGAGCCAUCCUGAACCAUGUCGAGCUCGUCGGACGUGAUCCAGAGGAGGGAAGGGAAGGCGCCUGCGGAUCCGCUGAAGACUGUGCCAGUGGAUUUGUCCCAGACUGCUCCGGCGGGUUCGCCGGAGCCCACGGCGACUGCGGCGGCAGGCAAGACAAACACGAAUAUGAAGAAGAAGAAGAAGGUGAGGAUGACGCAGGAGCAGAUCGACAGCUUCAUCCGGUACCAGACGGUCUACUUCCCCGAGGACCUCGUCCCCAGGGUCAGCAAGGAGAGGCUGGCCCAGACGAACCUGGCUGACCAGGGCAACCUCCCCGUGCCCAUGGACCAGAUCGACGACUACAUCGCCAAUAUUUUCAGGGACAUCAACAGAAUGGAGGCGCGAUUUAUGCGGGAGAGGGACCGGAUCCUGAACGACUACUACACCAAAGGGUACGCCGAAGAGGAGAUCACCGACGACGAGGAGGAGGAAGAAGAAGGAGGCGUGGCCCCUGCCCGGGCGGCGGCUCCUGCUCCGCCUGGACGGAGGAGGUUCCGGCCGGGAGUCGCGAAGCAGGCUGGGAAAAUCAAGAAGCUCAAUUAGCGAGCUUCAGGAUGAACAAUUCAGUACUAGCGGAUUGGCGCGCUUGCGUCACGUCUGUUUUUUUUCACAUGAUAAAAGAAAUCAGUUUAGAGCUUUAGGUAUCUCAAUAUUUACUUAUAAAUUUAUCAAUAUUUAACACAUUUACUUUAUUAUAGGAAAAACAGUAGUACUUUCAUGCAUGCACAUAAUUUUAGCAUGUAGACAAAAGUAAUACGAAAAUAAUAAAAUUUGUUUCAUAUUUUUUGAGUUUUAUAUAUUUUUCUUUGUA